AUGAACCGAAAGGCCGAGCAGGCGUGGAACUGGAUCUCUGGCAAACUAUCGGGAUCCAGGCCCAUGGCGGACCGGUUCAGGGACGACGAGGUUGCGAAAUGGUUUGGGUUGGAUACGCAGAUGACGUAUCGAGGUGAUCGCAUGACAUCCAUUGUCGAAACCCCAAGGCUUAUCGAGUUGGCGACGGGUUCCCUCGAGUUCGCCGAGAACAGCCCGAGACGCCAAUUCCCCAGCAUCGUGUCUUUUGUUGGGGAUACCGGAGCUGGAAAAUCAACGUUGGCCGACCACCCUCAACCCCUCGAGGCCCCUGUGCCGGGCGCCGAUUCCGGCCCCGGCGUUGUUCAGCCAACCACCGGGGAGGUGAAUCUCUACCUCGACCCUGCUACCUUCGGGACCGAGUCACCUAUCUUUAUGCAGACUGCGAGGGAAUGUUUGGAGCUGCACCCAUAUCAGCUACGCAUCAGGAGCAAUGUCCAGAGCCUUUAUCCCCGAUUUCUCUACAUAUUCAGCGACGUGGUCUGCUACGUGACGAGGAACCCGAAAGCUUGGGCCGAGUCAGCGCGGCUCUUGCUUGAAUGGUCUUUUGCCGGGGCGCAACACACAAUCAACCACAACGCUCUCCCGGCACUAAUCAUCAUCAUCAACGCUCCAACCGUGCGCGUGUCGCUCUUCACUGGAUAUAUCCUAACCCACGUAUUGUUUGUACAGCACGGGAGUCACAGUAUGAAGGAGCUCUUUGGGUUGCACUACUCGAGCGUUUACGUCCAUUAUGUCCCACUCGAGGGCUACCGGGCGCUUGGAUCGGCUGAAAUGGUGGUUGAACAGACGGCAAAGCUCAACCACCGCAUCCGCGCCGACUCACGUCGUGUGCAGCUGGCGAGGGCCGAGUCUUGGAUGAGGUUUGAGAGCAGGCAGCUUCUCGUCGUCGUAGACUCUGCUUUCACCCACCUCACCACCGGUCGGCGCGAACCCUUUGAUUUCAACCGGUGUAGGCGCAAGUUGUCCAUCCCCAGCUCCACCGAGCAGCACUUUUCGGAAAUCAUUGGCCAGUGCCUUUGGGGUGAGGACAAGGAGAAAAGGUUCCGUGCCACAAGUCAAUUCCUGGACACCAACGCCCCCUGCGCCUUUAUCAACGAGGACGGCGACAGAUGCGUCAACACGAGGAUGGGGCAUGCCCUGGGACACCAGAACGAUCAAGGACUAAUUAUGCAAGCCGGGGGCCUAUUCGUGAGCGAUGACUUUGAUUGCAAAGCCUUUCUCGACGCCAUCGAAGCGGCCGUCCACAGCACCAUGCUCAGGAUUGAUAAGGAAGCGCCCAUGGGCCGGCGAGAGUGGAGGUACUACGCCGCCAAGGCGCACAGGAAAAGCCUAACCAGCCUUCGCCGGGCCGGCGGCCUUCCUUCGGCGACACGCCGGGGUGAGACACAAGAUGAUUUUGCCCAAGGCUCCAGCAUUUGCUACGCUUGCUUCUUCGGCCGGCCCGAGUAUCGUCUCCCAUGCAACCACGCGAUUUGCGCCGUGUGUGUCCAGGAUUUCGACGACACGCCCAAGGGGAGCGAAUACCCCGGGCUAUAUAUUCACCGGAGCUGCGUCAUAUGCGCCGCAACGGGUGACUGGUGGCCUCAUAGGAUGCGGGUUAAGCCAAGCCUAGCUGGGAUACGAGUGCUAUCGCUGGAUGGUGGCGGUGUCCGCGGGAUCGUCGAGCUUGUUGUGCUGCGGAAGCUCGAGGAGCACACUGGGCUGGGGAUCCCGUUGGGACGCUUCUUCGACCUCAUGGUCGGUACCAGCGCAGGCGGCAUCAUUGCGCUAGGGUUAGGUGUCCAGGACCGAACUACCGAGGAAUGCAUUACCCGCUUCCGCGACUUUACCGCCACCGGGUUCGUGAGGAAGACGCUAACAAAAGACAAAUUGUUUGGAUGGCUCGCGAGGAUGGUUCGAAGUUCCAUCUAUCACACGGAGCCCCUCGAGUCUGCUCUUCGCACCGCCUUCUUGCCAGACUAUCAUCACAUAUUGUUUGGUCUUCAGAAUGCUUGCCGCGUCGCCGUUACAACGACGGUAUCCAAACAAUUGAAACUCAUUGCGAAUUAUCAUCGCGGGGAUAGAGACAGGUAUCUCAACUCGGAGUUGAGCAUUUCUGAUGCAGCCUCAAUCGAUUUGGGGGAGGACGUUAACUUCGACGUCCUUCUCUCGGUAGGCUCCGGGCGCUCGAGCAGGCCACAUCGGCAACCCGCAUUGAAUGUCAAACCAGUGUGGCUCGCCGACCUCCUCAAGACACUUCUGAGCACCAUGGACGGCGAGCGCGUGUGGGCGGACUUCCACCACGAAGCAAGAAUUUUGGAGCGAAUCGUACGCCUAAACGUCGACUUCAAGAGCGACAUUGAGCAACCCUCCUUGGAUGACGUCCGCAGCGUCUCGGCAAUGGAGUCCAUCGCAGAGCAAUACUACUUUCACAAGGACGCGGGGAGGAAGCUGUAUUCCACCACACUCUCUACCAUGGUCGGUCGCAGUCCGAACGGGAUGAUAGAGUGUCUGGCCGCUCGACUGCGAGCAAGCCUCUUCUUCUUUGAGAUGGACUACAUGGAGUGGAAGAACGGCGUUGUAUUUUUCGCGGCUGGAUCUAUUGUCGACUUGCCCCCGAUGAGGCGGGCUUUAGAGAACUCAUGGAGCUUACCAAGAUUAGACAACGUGGUCAUCCAAGUGUCGAACAAGGAUCUCAACAUCCUCGUGCGGAUCGAUGCUGAUUUCGGCGGGGACUACCAAGUUGCCAUUAGCGGUUUCCCAAUGACACUCAAAGCCCUGAUCGAUCACGGAAAGGAACAUUGCGAUCAGGCUCAGACCUCACGCAGAUACCCACAGGAACUGAGUGUUCCAGAAAGGGGUCUCCAACGUCCCUCCAGUCUCGUCGAAUUACACGGCAAGUCGCAACACCGUCUAGCUUCCGUCCAGGCAAGUGAACUCAGCGCCGUUGAUUUAGGACUGAGCCUGGCCAGGGUUCUCGACAGGUCGAGGCAGCUUGCAUUUCUCGAGGGUCACUCUUUCAUCAAGCACUCAGGGUGCCUCGACAUCUACGCUGCUCCCGAAGCCAUGGGCACGUCUUUUCGAAUCUUGCUGGCAACUGUCGGCCUUUUGGUCACGGUUGAGGCCAACGCCAACAUUCCGCUUGUACAAGAUCUUUUGGAAACUACAUUCAAGACAAACUGCAGCGCAUACAUCGACGGCCUCGAAGUCUCAAAAUGGGCAGUCUUACCUUGGGAACGAUGGCAGAUGGCGAACCAGUUUAUAAACUGCAGCUACCACGAGAUAUUUACACAGGAGCCCCGCGCACCCGAUGGAGUCCAGAUGUUGAUGUGGGAUGGUUGGAAGGCUUAUUUUAGCCCAUACCCGGAGGCGGCAAUCGCGCGACUCUAUGGACCGGAGAGCCCGCUUGAUUUUACGUUCCAGAUCGGCGACGAGCCCGCGCCGAGCUUCAUGCCUAUUUUGGAAGAGUCCUUGGCGCCACUUAUGGACUACAUGUGCCCAAGCAAAGGCGUCACGGCGCUUCCGGCGCUUUAUGAAUGGAUUGAUAUUGCGAGUGGCGAUUUCCAUCUUGAUCGAGUUCGGCCACACGGCGCUCAGGAUGUGGCUGAGCAACAGAUAUCUCACGUCCAGCUUCAGUUGGCUUAUGCUUCUCGUUCGACUAUGCUCGGGCCUAGGGAGCCCAUCAUCACGACGUUUGUGCUGCAAAAGAGCAGCUUCGACCGGAACUCGGCUCUCACCAUCACCGCGAUGGAGCUGCUUCAGCCGACUGCCGCGCCGUUGAUUUCGGCUGCUGCCGGAUGGUAUAUCAGCAGGGGCGAGGGAUUUCAAGUGCUGGUUACAGAUGCCGUCAUCACGAUCCUAGGGCUCCUUGUCGCCCUUCCCCAACUUGCUCUGGUUAGCGCCAUUAAUCCCUCCCUCCUCACUACCAACUUCGGCCUCGUACCUCUCGGGCUUCUUCUCGCCCUGGGGCCUUGGGCACUCGCCUACGCAAUUGGUGGGGUUUUCAGCCUGACCUUCCAGCUCUUCUUCAUCUUGGCCAUCAUCUUUCGAUCAGGCCAACUCGCAGAAAUCGCCAGCAUCAGCCUCAUAAUCCUCUUGGCUCUCGUAACCUUCGUCGUCCUCACACCCAUCUGGGCCAUCUGGGAGUUGAUAUGGAAAAUACGGCACCAGCGGCGACAGAGGGAGCCAGAGUGGCAGCUGAACAAGGAGCAAAAGGAACUCGAACGCAAGGAAAUGUUUCCGCUCAGCCGCUACUUUACGCGGAAAUUCUACAGCACGAAGCGGUGGAAGAGGUGGCUUACCAUUUUCAUUUUCUGGUUCUUCGCAACGCUGAGCUUCGUUAGCUUCGUCGGGAAGUGGAUGGUGAUGGUCAAUCUCCUCGGCGCGGCCGGCGACGCGUAUUGCCCGAGCAAUUUCGUGCAGGCGACGUUUGCGGGUCUAGGGUUUAAAUUCGGUGUUUUGGCAAUUGGCUUGGCUAUGCAAUACUUUGGCCUCACGGCAUAA